AUGGGACUCUCCAAGACCAACAGGAUCAUCAUCCUGUUGGUGAUUGACUCUGCUUUUUUUCUGCUAGAGCUAAUUACUGGCUAUGCCGUCCACUCCCUUGCUCUGGUCGCCGACUCCUUUCACAUGCUCAAUGAUGUUUUGUCGCUUUGCGUCGGUCUCUGGGCCGUCAAGGUCGCCAAUCGCGAAACGAAUUCGAAGAUGUACACCUACGGCUGGCAACGAGCGGAAACUCUUGGUGCGCUCGUCAACGGCGUUUUCUUGGUCGCCCUUUGUCUUUCGAUCUUCCUAGAAGCCAUCCAGCGAUUGGUGGAGCCUCAAGAAGUCCAAAACCCCAAGCUGGUUUGCAUCGUCGGUUGCUUUGGACUUCUCUCCAACAUCCUUGGCUUGGCACUUUUCCACGACCACUCUCACGGCGGACACGGUCACGACCACGGUGAAGGUGCUGAGCAUGACGAGGAGGAUGUUGAGCAGGGACACGGCCAUGGUCAAAGCCACGUGAAUGAAGGUACGCCCUUCCUGGCCUCGGACCAGGGAGAUGUGAACGCCACGCUGGCCAAGAGUAGCCAUGGAGCUUCUGGUCUUGAGACUGGGCCGAAUGGACUCAUUCACUCGUCUACCGACCCAUCUUCCCCUUCACGCAAGCGCCGAGUGACCGACUCGCAGAGCCGCGGCUCUCGCCGAUACAGCACCUCUCUGGCAAAUGUCGAGGAUAUAUACGUGCACCCAGCUACCCUGCGACAGGACAUUAUUGCCGCCAGCCGUGGUGGUUUCGACACUGAGCAGUCCUCCGACACUGACAGCCGUGAGGGUGAAGUGCCAACCGAGCGAUCCGGUCUUUUGCGCAACCGCGACCGUGCUUCAAACUACACCGAUGAGAACGGCGUCCCCUUUACAGUCCCAGACCAUGCCGCUGAAGAAGACGUUCACAAGAGUCAUAACCAUGCUCAGCCCAAGCCUAAGGGCCAAAAGGGCGGCCACGGCCAUGGUCACGGCCACGAUCUCAACAUGCGCGGUGUCUUCCUGCACGUCAUGGGCGACGCGCUUGGCAACAUUGGUGUUAUUGCUUCUGCCUUGAUCAUCUGGUUGACCGACUACAAGUGGCGGUUCUACGUCGAUCCCGGUAUCUCUCUGGUCAUCACGGUCAUCAUUCUUGCCUCGGCCAUCCCGCUUUGCAAGGCUGCCUCGCGCAUCCUUCUUCAGGCCGCGCCCCAGGGCAUGAGCGUCGACCACAUCAAGGAGGACAUUGAGCGUCUUCCCGGCGUUAUCGGAACCCAUCACCUCCACGUCUGGCAACUGAAUGACACCAAGCUGGUUGCUUCCAUCCAUAUCCAGGUCGACACGGAAAUCAAGGGCGAGGGCUCGGAGCGGUACAUGCGCCUGGCGCGCCAGGUGCGCCGCUGCCUGCACGCCUACGGCAUUCACUCUUCCACCAUCCAGCCCGAGUUCACUCCCGAUAGCGAUACUGAGGACAACCAAAACAAUGGCCAGGCAUCUUCGUCCCGCGCCGGCAACGAUGACCCCAGCCACUCCAGCCGUGCGGCCAGCGUUCGCGAGGGUGACUCUCACGCCUGCCUCCUGGAGUGCGAUGACAACUGCGCCCGUGUUGGCCAGUGCUGCCCCAAAAAGUCCACUUGA